ACACAAGCGGAAGUAAAUAGUCGCCAUGGCAUGUUAGCUAGUGAGGUGCUCAGCUAAAGUCGUGGACGCGCUCAACAUUGAACGGAUUAAAACCAUUUGCAAUCUUCAGAAUAAUUACAGUGAAUGCUGAGCAAAUAGGUGCACUCCCCUCUGCAGUUUCAUAAUUAUUAAUUUAUACAUCACGAGAGUCGUAGUGCACGUUUGGGGCCUGGAAAGACGGAUGCUAACUUAGCUGAACUUAGCUAACCUAGCGCGACUGAGUUCAGCUAACGUCGCGUUUAGCCUGAACCCAACGUGAGGUGGCUAGUUUCACCAGCUGGAUCUAAAAUGAUCAUUGAAAACCUUGAUGCCUUGAAAACAUGGCUGUCCGAAACCCUCGAGCCCAUCUGUGAUGCAGACCCUUCUGCCCUUGCCAAGUAUGUUGUUGCUUUGGUGAAGAAGGACAAAACUGAAAAGGAACUUAAAGCCCUGUGUAUAGACCAGUUGGAUGUAUUUCUUCAGAAAGAGACACAGCAAUUUGUGGAUAAGCUGUUUGAAGCGAUCAACAACAAAAGCUACCUCCCUCAGCCAGAGCAGCCAUCCUCUCUGGUCAAAGUCGAGAAAGAUGAGCCGAAAAAAGAUGAGACAAACCGGGAAGAGGAACGAGAGAAGAAGUUUUCCCGGCGAGUGAAUCACAGCCCUUCACAAUCAAGCUCUCGCUACAGCAGAGACGGCAGGAGAGGAGAUGACCGUAAGAGGGACGACCGCUCCAGGAAGAGGGAUUAUGACCGCAACCCGCCAAGGAGGGACUCAUACCGCGAUCGCUACAACCGCAGGAGAGGCCGCAGUCGCAGCUACAGUCGGAGCCGCAGUCGGAGUUGGAGCAAGGACCGCAUUCGAGAUCGUGACAGAGAGAGGGACAGGGACAGGGACAGAGACAGGGACAGAGAUAGGGAUCGAGAUCGAAGCAGGAGCCGGUCCCACAGCAGAACUCGGUCUAGAAGCAGAAGUAGAGAACGAGAUUCUGGAAAGUUGAAGUAUGAUCAUGAUCGAGUGGACCGGUCAGAGAGUGCUGAUGGCUACACCCCUGCUGCUCUGGUCUCCACUGCAACCACUUCACACUUCCCUGUGCCAACACUGAGCAGCACCAUCACAGUCAUUGCUCCCACACAUCAUCAUAGCAACAACACCACCGAGAGCUGGUCAGACUUCCGCCCUGAGCACCCUGUGGAUCGCGGCCCUUUUAGUCGGGGGCCACCUCCUCAACAAAGGAAGCGAUGCCGUGAUUAUGACGAGAAAGGCUUCUGCAUGCGAGGGGACAUGUGUCCUUUCGACCAUGGAAGUGACCCAGUUGUAGUGGAGGAUGUCAAUUUGCCCAGUAUGCUGCCCUUUCAACCUCCACCAAUCCCAGGUGUGGAUGCCCCGCCGCCCCCAGGUCUUCCACCCCCUCCGCCACUCAUGAACCCCCCACCUGUGAACCUGCGGCCCCCUGUACCCCCACCGGGCGCUCUCCCACCCAGCCUUCCGCCUGUUGCAGGUCCCCUUCCUCCUCUUCCUCCACUACAACCGUCGGGCAUGGAUGCUCCUCCCAAUUCCAUCACCAGCUCUGUUCCCACCAUCGUCACCUCUGGGAUGCGCUCCUCACUCCCCCAGGCCCCAGCGCCACUCUUCACCUCAGACACUUAUGAGACAGAUGUGUACAAUCCUGAGGCUCCCAGCAUCACCAAUACCUCCAGGCCGAUCUACCGCCACCGGGUCAAUGCCCAGAGACCCAACCUGAUCGGCCUCACAAUGGGGGAUGUGGACCAGCCACAGAGAGACAAGAUUCCGAAUAACAGCAUGAGGAUUGUUAUGGAAUCUGAUUCAAGGAAGAGACCAGCAGUGUCCCAUGAAGGAGGCAUCCCCAUCAAGAAACCUUGGUUUGACAAACCCAGCUUUAACAAACCCAACCACCAGGGCUACCACAAGAGAGCCCCAUUCAACUCUCCUAACACAAAGCUGCUGGUUCGACAAAUUCCCUCUGAGCUCAACAACAUCAGCAAACUCAAUGAACAUUUCAGCAAGUUUGGCACCAUCGUCAACCUGCAGGUGGCCUACCAGAAUGACCCAGAAGGGGCUCUGAUCCAGUUUGCCUCCCCAGACGAGGCUAAGCGGGCUAUGCAAAGCACCGAGGCUGUUCUCAACAACCGCUUUAUCAGGGUGCACUGGUUUCGUGAGAAUGGAGGUGAAGGGCAGAGUCAGGGCCAGUUGCACUCACAGCAGCAGCCGCAAGCACAGCCAGCCAUGCAGCCCUCAGCCACGUCUCUGAAGCAGUCUGUCAAAGAUCGCCUCGGACCCCUUCUCACUUCGAACUCUGAGCCCUCCCAAGAUUCCUGCGUAGCCUCUCAGAAUCCCUCUAAAGUGUCAGUGAAGGAACGUUUGGGUUUCUCUGCCAAACCAGCAGCUCCUGUUGAAAAGGUGUUUUCAACCUCCAUGGGCCUCACAAAGACCGUUUUCAAUCCUGCUGCCCUGAAGGCUGCCCAGAAAACCACAGAGGAAGCCCUAAAGAAGAAGCAGGAAGCCCUAAGACUACAGCAGGAUGUAAGAAAGAAGAAGCAGGAAAUACUGGAGAAACACAUUGAAACACAGAAGCUCCUGAUCUCCAAACUUGAGAAAAACAAAACGAUGAAAGCAGAGGAUAAAGCCAAGAUCAUGGAAACCUUGGGCACGUUAACCAAGAGCAUCACCAAACUUCAAGAGGAGAUAAAGGGUGUCUCAAGCAGCAGCAGCCUGCUACGCACAGCCAAGAGCAAGGCCCAGGCACAGAAGGAACUGCUGGAUGCAGAGCUGGACCUGUACAAGAAGACUCAGGCUGGAGAGGACACUGCUUUGUUGAAGAUCAAGUAUACUCAACUUCAAAUUGAGGCGGCUAAAAGGGGGCUCUUGUCUCCAGGACGAGGCCGCGGGGCCCCUGCUCGGGGUCGUGGUGCUCUUAGGGCCCGGGGAAGGGGCUCCAGAGGGCGGGGAAGAGGUGUGCCGCUGCACGCAGUCGUGGACCAUCGGCCGCGAGCGCUGGAGAUUUCUGGUUUUACUGAGGCAGAGCGGGUUGACUUGCUGCCACACUUUGCUCAAUUUGGAGAGAUUGAAGAUUGCCAGAUUGAUGAAAACAACCUGACUGCAGUCAUCACUUACAGGUCAAGAGCCGAGGCAGAACAGGCGGCUCUACAUGGACUGAAACUGAACAACCAGAGUUUACGCCUAGCCUGGCAUAAGCCCGUUACGACUCUGAGUACCGCGGAUGCUGACGAGGCAGAACCAGAGGAGGACGAGUACCCGGAGGAGUCCCUGAGUGAUGAUGCAUUGCUGCAGGACGAUGAUGAGGAAGAAGAUGACAAUGAGCCUCGCUCCUGGCGCAGAUGAAGACCAGUCAGACGCCCUUACCCGUUUGCACUGGUGUGGAGGAUGAGCAGCUGUCCAGCAGUUUUACAAGAUUGCAAUGCCUGUUUGUAAAUCAAGCGAGGCACAUUUUUCUUUGGCUUAAGAGUUUUUUCUCCCCUCACAAAUAUGUAACUGGCAGAAGAACCAUGUGCAAGUUUGAUUCAUUUUAAUGUGUAUCCCAGAUGCAACAAUGGUGAAUUUUUUUAAUGCUCUUAAUGUAGAAAUAGUUCCGUUUUUUUCCGUUUUGGUUUUUUCUUUUUUUUUGGUUCACAAAACACAAAUAGUUUGUCUGGACAUGUGACGACUGAUCACUUAAAGACACAUUUGUUGAACUAUUGGUUUAAGAAAACAAAACCUGUGUUGUAAUUGAACUGAAUGGCAGACUGUAGCUUUUUGCAGAAUAGUAUUAGGUUGACUGGUUAAAUGCUCGUGUAAAUAUUUUAUGUCUGGGUUUAAAUGAUUUGUAUGAAAGCUUUGGUUCUCAGUUCUUGGCUUUACUUUGAAUUGUAUAAAAAUAAAGAAUUGAAAUGGUCUGAAAACAUCCUGCCCAAAAAAAAAAAAAAAAAAGAAAAGAAAAGAAAAAAAAAGAAAAUUUUUGUGGCAGUGAAAAAAAUAACACUCCCUGAAGAGCUGUAAAAAGACCAUUUCAAAAAAACAAAAAAAACUU